AUGCAGGGCGUAAAUGAUGAAGAUGGAAUCAGUCGUGGCCGCUCCAACAUGUUGAACUCUAGCUAUUGUACUAAGGCCGCUCCAUUCAGCCAUGGAAGCUGUAACUAUGACAAAAGAGUUGAACCUGUUGGAGAUGAUCAGCCGAAGAAUAAGAUGCAGCACGUCCCGCCCCUGCCCCCGAUUCACCCCCCUGCAGCCCUGGCCCCGGCCUCUCAAAGUCUUCGUGACCGAGACGCCAAGAUUACUGACCCCAAGAAACUCAAAAGGGUUCUGGCAAGCAGACAAUACUCUCAGAAAUAUCGACUGAAGCAGCUCCAAUAUAUGAUGGAACUAGAAACGGAAGUGAAAGCUCUGCAGGCCGAAGUGGCGAUCAACGGGCCGAGGAUUAAGUAUGCUGAUCGUCAAAACACGCUGCUGAGAGUAGAAAACAAUUCAAUGAAGCAAAAGCUUUCCAGCUAUUCCACCGAACUUAUGUUCAAAGAAGCUGAAUUCGAAGAACUGGCGAAUGAAAGAGACAUGCUGAAGCAGUUGUUUGAGAGUUAUCAGAAGCAUCAGCAAUAUCCAGAGUUGUUCAGAUCAAGCUCUGGGAAUUAUCAGUUUCCGAAUAUGGGAUUGAACCAAGUACCUGCUGAGGAGACUGAUGAUGAUUUUUUGCGAAAUGGGAUGCCACAGAUGAUGAACCAGAACCUGAACCUAAACGAGAAUCAGAACCAGAACUCGAACCAACUUGGGAAUGCAGAAUUUAUGGAGUACAUGAACUCUCUGAGCCUUGACCCCUCCUACAACUUCCUGUGA